AUGCUGUCAUGCACAUCGGGAUGGCUCCUCGCAACACUGCUAUCCAAGCUUUCUGCCGCGGAUUCGUGUGGCGGUGUGCCGGCUCCGCAGGACCAAGAUUUCUUAGAAGGUGGGGAGGAGACGCUGGGAAGGAAAUUCAUCAAAUGUGCGGCUGCGUUAGAUGAUGCUGGUGGUCACCGCAGCAUUCUGCCCAGCACGCUCGUUUUCAGAAGACCGCCAGAUCCUUCUUCUCUGGGCUCGCAUGGUGGACCCACGUGCAGCUUUGGACUCCACCUCAAGGAGGCACUGUUGCAUCCCGUCUACCUCAUCGGAACCGGAUCGCGGGAGAUGGCGGCCUCACAGGCCAUGAACCAGCUUGUCCGCGUCGGGGCGUGCGUCCCAAUGGCAUGCGCGGAGACAUUCGCAGACUUGGCGUUACCACGACUGAUGGAGUGGCGGCAUGGCAGCGCAAACCACCAUCCUGGAGCCGGGCCGUGUACGGUCGUUCCAAACCAAAGCGCCAACUCUGAGAAUCUCGAGGCAAAGUGCAGACAUCAUUUGCACUUCCACUUCUUUCUCUCUGACUGCUACGCGGUCGUAGAUCUAUGGCGCCUGAUGUCCGACAUCACCUUCUACAAGAACUUAUUUGGUGCUCAAGUCAGAAGUUUGCCCAUGGAUUGGCCUGGUGGGACACAGCCAGGUGCUGCCCAGGUGGCUCUUUGGCACUAUCGGAAAUGCAAAGCUGGAAAUGGCAUGUACAUUGGAGUUUAUUUCAAUGCCAUCGCCGAAGAUGCAGUCGGAUACGAGCUAGGCAUGUGCCUGCCCUCUCUGAACACGAACUGGAACCUUGCAAGGGAACAGUUGGUUCGUUGGUGGUUGGCUUUCCAGAUGGGAACUUUGCACCCCGAGCUGGAAAUAGAUGCUGGCAGCCUCAAAAUUGCCGAGCUGGCACAUCGUUCAGAAGUUCCGGUCGACUGGGCCAUUAUCGGUCUCGGAAGGAGUGGUACAAGCUCUCUUGCGGCAUGGUUGGACACACAUCCACAGCUCGAGCUGUUUCGUGACAAGACCGACUCCUUCAAUGAGGGUGCUUUCCACUACCUGUUCCGGCGGACCAACCUGGAGCACUUGGUCAGGCGAGACAGCUUGGCCCAGAAUCCUGCAAAAACUGGAAGGCGGAAGCGGCGAAUAUUAGCAGGAUUCAAAGAACCACAUCUGCUUCAGCAGGAGCGGGGGAGACUAAUCCUGGCGGAAAUGCAGCACGUGAAGUUGCUGGUGAUUGUCAAGAACUGGGCUGAUUGGCUGAAAAGCCAUGUGCUGUUCGCUGGCGCGACCGGCUGCUUUCCAAGAAUCCUCGCACAGCUUCGUGAAGAUUCCGACGUAACCUCAUGCGGCUUCUCCUUCGAGUCUGGCCAUGUCGUGCCAAAGAUGCAGGACUUGGAAUCGAAAGGAGUGGCCGUGCACCGAAUGAAGCUGGUGCACCUCGAUACACUGAUGGCAGAGGGAGAGGCGUCUCUCCAGCGGAUCGCUGCCUUCCUUGGGGCGGGUGCAGCAAAUCGCUCCUUUGAGCGUGCUGCGGAGCUGCCACAGCAAGGCAAUGUCACAAGCGCCAACGAGGCUGCUUUCUGGAAGGAAUGGUGUGAGCUGCCGCAAGAUAUGGCUCUGAGACUUGAGCGACGACGAGAGGCUGCGACCGUCGGGCUGGCAGAGAUCUUGCUCAGAAGCCUGGAACCUGUGCCGGCCUCUCUCUUGAGACCGGAGCCCUUGCAAGACUAUGCCUGUAAACGCGCGCGCGCGCGCGAGCUGGACCAAAAGGCUCGCUGA